CAGGAGUGUGCGGUGUCCGCUAGAUGGCGCCAAGUAGACAGGAUCUAUUUCACCGUGGCCCAAAGGCUGCUGGGAAAUCUAAUCAACCCGGAAGUAUCCAUCACAUCACAACAUGGAGGAGAACAUAAGCACUGUGAUGUCCUGGUUCUCCAGCCCUGUGUACAGCCGCUACUGGCAGCACUACCAGCAGGCGAUGGCCUGGCACCAGAGGCACCAGAGGGCCUACAGGAAGGCCCUGGAGGCCGCUUACGGCCACACUCACAGCCAGAAGCACCAUUCCAACAGCCAGCGGUACGCAGACUGGAAUGCGGGACAGGAAGACGGAGAGGACGGGGAUGAGGAGAGCAGCUCGGACAGCGAGAUCGAGUGUGACGUCAGCAACAUGGAGAUCAGCGAGGAGCUGCGGCAGUACUUCGCCCAGACGGAGAAACACAAAGAGGAGCUGAAGAAGCAGCAGCAGAUCGAGGCAGAAGAGCAUGACAGCUACGUGCCUGCAGACCAGGACCUGCGCAGCAGCUCCUGGAGAAGCAGCAUGGCCCCUCCUGCAGAGCGACCCGGCGAGAGACGAGGGUCCGAGAUGAAGAAGCUCUACGGGAAGGACGCCGCCAAGAUCCAGGCCAUGGAGGCGGCCAUACAGCUCAACUUCGACAGACACUGUGACCUCAAACAGCCCAAGUACUGGCCCGUUAUCCCGCUGAAACUGUGACGCCUGUUCUGCAGGAAAUCCCUCCUCUGAUCUGGCUGUGAGACGCCACUGGAUUGAAGCUGCUGAUGUGGAAGUAAUAGUGUGGGUGAGCUGAGGGGUGCAAGUUAUUUUAAGCACAAAAAAAGUAGCAGGAAUUAUCUUCUGCUCAGCCAGACCCAAAUGUCACCGACCCCUCAGCUGUUGCUCCAAAUGAAAAUGUUUUUUAUGCUCGUAUAAUUUUGGAUGUUUGCGGCAUCCAAGUUAUUUUACACUCGGGGUAAAACACGAAACACUACCGACUAUCCAAGAGUAUAAAACAAACAUUAUUUUUCCAACCCCCUUUUCCUCUCCUCAAAUUUAGGAGCGAUCCCGCAUGACCGCAUCUGAUAUUCUUCUUUCCUCAAAGACAGAUUUGUUGAUGUUGCUUGAUGUUCAUCGCUUUCAAAGACAUUGGCGUGGUUUCCAGGAGGGGUUCUCGCUAUUCUGUUUUAUCUUGUGCUUCCACCACCCGGCACCCUUUUCCUUUUAAACUGAAGGAUUUUAAUAUCAAAUCUGUUUAUAAUAAAGUGUUUUCUGUUUGG